UGGCAGUAGCCUCUUUAGUUGGACUUGUCCUGGGGCUUGAACGGUGCCAGUCUUCCACAGAGCUGAAACAAUAGAGAUUAUUGUCACAAACACAACAAUCGGUGGCAUUUGUGGCUGGUAACUGUACGCCUACACCGUAAAAUUAUUUUUUUGUUGAAACAAUGCAAUUUCUCAUGCUAAUAUGCACAAAGGACCCCAUGUUUGUAACAAUAUACAAUCUGAACUUCCGCGUGUGCUCUGAAACAUAGAAGACAUAGUAUGAAUGAUUUUUGCUCCUAGUGUUAUGCUUUUGCAAUAAACGAUGUGUUUGCACGUAUCUGUCCACAUAAGGUCCUCCAAAAUCAAGGUCUUCUGCUGAAGAGGCACGCCUGCCCUCCGGUCGUAGCAUUGUAGGAAAAGGAACUGGACCUAGGGGACACAGGAGAAUUAAACUUGAUGCCACUAGAGGGUGUAGGGAGUCAAUUGUAAAAAAAAAAAAAAAAAAAAAAAAAAACCUUUUGCAGCAGUCUGAGAUUUCUUUACUCAAGUUUCAGAGUUACAUGAGUCUACUUCAUCUUCGAACCUGCGAAGACGCAUAACAACAUGGCCAUGAAAAGGGGUAUGAAGCACACAUUGAUAGUGGUUUUCCUUUCCCUAAUUGUGUUCUUUCUCUUGGGAAUCCUUGUAGAAUUGGCACUGAUGGAGCCCAAGGAGACAGGAUACCCUUAUAUCACAUCACACAUUCAAAGAACCGGGUGGUUGAUCAAACCUUUAGGAGCGAGGCGCGCCGUAUUCACCAAGAGCGUAAGACAGCAGAUUGUGUCUGAAAUGAAGGCAGAAAAUAUCAAGGAAUUUCUUCGAGAUUUCACAAGGACUCCUCAUCUGGCCGGAACUGAGCGGAACCUGGAGCUCGCCGAACGCAUUCGGUCGCAGUGGAAGGAGUUUGGGCUGGAUAAGGUGGAGCUGGUUCACUAUGACGUCUUACUCUCUUAUCCCAACGAAAGCAAUCCCAACUACAUCUCUAUUAUCGACCAACACGGGAAUGAGAUGUUUAAUACUUCUUUGUUUGAAACCCCACCAGAAGGAUAUGAAAAUUUCACGGAUAUUGUACCCCCAUACAAUGCGUUCUCAGCCCAAGGUGACCCAGAGGGAGAUUUGGUGUAUGUAAAUUACGCACGGACAGAAGAUUUCUUCUUUUUGGAGAGGAAUAUGAGCAUCAAUUGUACUGGAAAAAUUGUCAUCGCCAGAUACGGAAAGAUCUUUCGCGGAAAUAAAGUGAAGAAUGCCAUGUUGUUUGGAGCCAGAGGAAUUAUCCUCUUUUCGGACCCUGCGGAUUACUGCGCUCCUGGGGUGGAGCCCUAUCCCGACGGCUGGAACCUGCCGGCAGGAGCAGCGCAACGAGGGAACGUACUUAACCUAAAUGGGGCAGGAGACCCCUUAACUCCGGGAUACCCAGCUAAAGAGUUUACAUACAGGUACGAGCCUGAUGAAGGAGUGGGGCUUCCCAGCAUUCCGGUCCAUCCCAUCGGAUACAGCGAUGCCGAACAGAUACUUUCGCUCAUGGGGGGACCGUCACCACCAAACUCCUGGAAAGGAAAUCUUAAUAUUUCUUAUAAUAUCGGACCUGGGUUUCAGAGUAAUGUGUCAACGAGAAAGAUCCGGAUGCAUGUCCAUAGCAACAACCAAGUUACAAGGAUUUAUGAUGUCAUCGGCACCAUCCGGGGGGCUGUAGAACCUGACCGGUACAUUAUUUUGGGAGGUCACAGAGACUCAUGGGUGUUCGGUGGCAUCGAUCCGACAACUGGAGCAGCUGUUCUACAAGAAAUUGCAAGGAGUUUUGGCAAGAAAGUAAAAGAAGGUUGGCGACCCAGGAGGACUAUUAUUUUUGCAAGCUGGGACGCGGAAGAGUUUGGACUGUUGGGAUCCACUGAAUGGGCAGAGGAAAAUGCUAAAAUCCUCCAGGAGCGCGGUGUCGCGUACAUUAACUCCGACUCCUCGAUUGAAGGCAAUUACACUUUGAGGGUUGAUUGCACACCACUGAUGUACAGACUGGUCUAUAACCUGACCAAACAGAUCGUCAGCCCAGACGAAGGUUUUGAAGACAAGUCCUUAUAUGAAAGUUGGCUUGAGAAAGACCCUUCCACCGGCAAACCGGAUCUGCCGAGAAUAAAUAAACUCGGAUCUGGCAGUGAUUUUGAAGCGUACUUCCAGCGGCUGGGAAUAGCGUCCGGAAGAGCUCGGUACACCAAAAACAGGAAAACGGAUAAGUACAGUAGCUAUCCUAUGUAUCACACCAUUUAUGAAACGUUUGAGCUAGUUGAUCGUUUUUACGACCCCACGUUCAAGAAACAGCUAUCCGUUGCUCAGUUGCGAGGAAGUCUGGUUUAUGAAAUCGCCGACUCUGUCGUCAUACCGUUUAACGUCUAUGACUACGGAAUGGAACUGAAAAACUACGCGGGUAGUAUUUAUAAACUAGCCAAGACGCAGGAAGAACAAAUGGAUGCCUACAAUGUAUCGUUUGAUCCGCUCUUUUCGGCCGUUCGCAAUUUUGCUAAGGCGGCAAUCGGACUUCACCAAAGAAUUGAAAAUGUUGAUUACAACGAUCCUCUGGCUGUCCGUAUAUUGAACGAUCAGUUGAUGUUUGCAGAAAGGGCUUUCAUUGAUCCACUGGGCCUUCCAGGAAGACCGUUUUAUAGGCAUAUAAUCUUUGCGCCGAGCAGCCAUAACAAGUACGCCGGGGAAUCGUUCCCGGGAAUUUACGACGCUUUGUUUGACAUCGAAAAUAAAGGUGAUCAGCGGAAGGCGUGGGAAGAAGUCAAGAGACAAAUCUCAAUCGCAGCCUUUAACGUCCAGGCGGCUGCAGAGACGCUCAGAGAGGUGUCUUGAGAAGGUGUUCUGCACAUCUGGAGUCAAGUGGACGCUGAACUAGAAAAGCUCAAACAAUAAACCUGUUGACUGGGAACACCGUAUCUAUCGAUAACCGCAUCACCGCAGGCUUCAGAAUGUUGUAAAAUGAUGUCAUAUUGUAUUUCUCAGGCGCUGCGAGUCGUUCCCUGCGGGUAAAAGUGUACGUUUUCUGUAAUUUAUGUAUCAUAUCUUAGAAUUGUUGUGCAGAAGGCAAAAAAUAGUGAUUUAAAGGUACGGUUCCACCUACCCUGCUUAUAACGCACUUCUAAGUAAGUCUAUCAUUUGAAAGUCCUUCCCAGAAACUUUUUUUUUUUUAAACAUGUCAUGGGAAU